AUUGCAAGCCCUCGGACGCUUUCAAAACUGGGACCAAGUCUUCAUUUAUGCCAAAACUUACUUCCACAAGGAAGCAAGAAAGUUGGAAGAAGAUGAGCGAAAGAAGCAAAAUGCAUCUCAGGCAGUUGUCACAAAAACAGAAAAUCAGAAGAGGCUGUCAGUCACAUUAGUAAAGCUAGUGUUAAGACAGGCGUCUUUGAAAGUACCUCGCAUCUCGGCAAAAAAUUUGAUAGAUUUGAUUUUUGAAGUCCUAGGGAGAAGAAAUCCAUACUUAUUAGAAAAUUUUGGUGGAGACUUUUUACAAAUUAGUGUCAAGUAUCUAUUCAGUUUCCCUCAGUACUACUUGGCUGUGCAUGGAGAACAAUGGAAAGAUUUAUUGAAGAUAUGCUUUUGGCUCUAUCAGCAAGAUUUGAAGCAUCUAGGGAAGACAACUAUAAUCGAUGCAGUACGAAAAAUUGUGGAAUGCAGCAAAAUGAAGGGUAUAGAUGGUCAUCGCUUCCUCCCAUCAUCCAUUUUAAGGAAACUUCCCAACUUUUUAAUUGUCAAUAUGAAAGAGACAUCAAUUAUGACAGAAAGUGCCCUUCAGUUCAGCCUUCUUCACUUAUUAUUGAUUUUUACAAAGACAAUGGCACCAGAAUGGAGGUAUAUCAUUUGCAGGGUUGGUGAAGAUACCCUUAAUCCUGUUUUAUCAAUGUGGGAAAAUGUUGCGUCUGCUCGUCAAGAUAUGUUGAUGGAGUAUCUUAAUCUUCAGAUAUUGAUACAUCAUCCUCAGAAAGAUGGGGACUUUCAUGAGAACAGUAAUUAUGUCAAUGAUGCAGGAAUUUGGCAACGAUGUUUGCAUCAGAUAUUUCAACUAAUUCAUGAUUAUCUACAGCAAAAUUGUGUAAAGUUGAAAUUCAUAUCUGUAUCAAAUGCAGUGGAAGAUAUCAACACCAUUCCUCAUCUUUUAGUUCUUUUAGCCUCACGGUUGUGUCAUAAGUUGUUUGUAGAUAAUGGUGAUCAUGGAACACUUGAUAUUACACUGAGUACACAGAAUGCUAGUAUCGCACAAGGAGGUAGAUCAACUAAGAGGAGAAGAAUUGAAGUAGGUUUUCAACCUCUACUAUCUAUGCUCCGAGAAGAAGGAACCAUGCACCACUGUAUUCCUUGGUACCAAAUUCUGCUGGAACUCCUGAAUUCAUACAAGCUUUUCUUUGAUGAUGAAAAAUGUUCAGUGCUACUAGAGUUAUUUACAUGCAUUUUGGCGGAGUGUACCGAGGUAGCUGUGCAACAUCAUCUGAUAAGGUGUCUUGAAGGCCUGGCUCAUCGUUAUAAUGAAGUUUUCCCCCCUGAUAAAGUUGAAGAUGAACUUCGCUCUGGAAAGUGGACACUUGUUUGGGAUAUGACUCUAAGACUAGUAAGCGGGAAGCUGUGCAGUCGACCUGGUUUAAAAUUAAUUAGAGUUUUAAUGGAAUUAGAUUUAAUUAUACCGAACAUCAAUAUUUUUAAACUCUUUUGUGAGGGGCAUGUUAGUAUGACUGAGGAGGCUCUGACUACCCUAAGAGUUCUGCUUCAGAAAGUUUCCCUACCCAAUUCAUUUAAGAGUGAGUCAGCCGCUUUGUUUGGCAGCCAGGUGAGGGAUGCUCGUCAAAGCAUCCUGCAAGCUGUGUUACCAAAUCCAACUGAAGGGCCUGUAGCAGCUCUGGAAGCCCCCACAGUUCUUGCACAAAUUUUACUCAUGUUGAGACACAGAGAUACAAAAUUUGCGGAGGACGAUUUAGGAUUAGCAAGUGCAAGCAAGCCACAACCGGAAAGUAACAACCCUGAACAUGAAUUAAAGAGAAUAGAGGAAAUAUUUAUCUUGUCCACAUUUUCUUGUGAUAUCCCAAAGAUGUCGAAUUGUUUGAAAAAGGAAACAAGAAAAGUGACUAACAGUGAACUAAAAAUUGUUGCUGAAGAAGAAAAGAAAAUAAUUGACCAUGUGUCUGUAUUCAUGAGUCAGGUCAUGGAAAUUGAAGAUAAAAAUGCUGUGACUGUGGAAACUUUGUAUGUUGUUGUUGAAGCACUGCAACUGCUGUUACUCCUCUGUCUCCACAUACCAGAUCAAAGGCUGACACAGCUUACAAAACUUGCGUUGGAGCUGAUUACUGUUGGAGUGCAGAAACUACACCGUAGCUCAGAAAUUUCAAGGUGGAUUUCUUUAUUUCAGCUAUUUUCCAAAUUGCAUAACUUGUACUCUCAAGCACAUACUUGGGCAAAGUGCUGUAAGGAGAAAACUAUGGAUGGUUAUGGAAUACAAGUGCUACAUAUGUUAAUAUCUCACACACCAAGACCUCUCUUCUCAGUAGUUGUGGAAUGUGCUAAAGCCAGAAAAGACCAUAUCUUGAAUCUUAGCAGAUCAGGAAGUACUCAGAGUGACACAUUUAGACGAGAGAGUUCAUCCAGAG